AUGGUAUCCAGCACUAAUCUCCAAAAUCGGUUCGGGGAGCGUUUCUCCGGCACCAAGACGAGAAGCGGCGAGCCUCAGGACUACGAAGUCCUGCUGAAAGAAUGCCUGAAACGCCAGGAGCUGUUUGAGGAUCACGAGUUUCCGUGUGUUCGGGAGACUGCCUGGGGCACCACGAAACCACAAUUCAGAAUCGUCUGGAAGAGGCCCUGGGAGAUCUGCGAAAACCCUGCCUUUCUGAAUGAAAGUUUCAGUCGCUUCGAUGUCGAGCAAGGUGGACUUGGUAACUGCUGGGUGCUGGCAUCCAUGGCCACCUUGACCCUGCACAAGGACCUGUUCAAAAACGUGGUGCCCGAGGGCCAGAGCUUCGAGAAGGACAAGUACGCCGGCAUCUUUCACUUCCGGCUGUGGAAGGCCAACCGAUGGAUCGACGUCGUGAUCGACGACAGGCUCCCGUGCCGGAAAGACGAAAAUAAGCUCGCCUUCGUCUCAUCCAGCGCGAGCAACGAGUUCUGGAGUGCCCUCCUGGAAAAAGCUUACGCCAAGCUCCACGGCGGCUACGCCGCCCUUGUUGGAGGCAGCGGCAACGAAGCCCUGGGCACCUUCACAGGAGGACUCACGGAGCAGCUAAUCCUCGAGCAUCCGCCCAAAAACAUGUUCCAGAUCAUUCAGAAGGCGCUGGCGAGGAAAUCGCUCAUCACGUGUUCCAUCGUAGAAUCGGAGCGAGGCAAAAAAGGAUUGCAAGCUUUUCACGAGUACAGCGUAACUGGUGCCGCACAGGUAACUAAAAUACGAUAUAUGCACAAGCGAAUUGUUCGUAUUAGAAACCCAUGGGGAAGUGGAGAGUGGAAAGGUGCUUGGUCUGACAAGUCAAGGAAAUGGGCCAACGUCAGCGAAGAAAAACGGCAGGAGUUGGGACUCGUGGUGAAAGACGACGGCGAGUUCUGGAUUUCGGAGGAAGACUUCCUCAAGUAUUUCCAGAUGAUUGACUUCUGCCAUAUCGAUCCCGGUUCUGCGGUGGGUGAAAUAAAGGAAUCCGGCCAGGAGAAAACGUGGGAGGUGGCGAAGUUUGAAGGCUCCUGGAUACCUGGAACAACUGCUGGCGGCGCCGACGAGAAGAAUGAAAAGUUCGCCACCAAUCCUCAGUACAUGAUCACCCUUCACGAGCCGGAUGACGAAGAUGAAGACGGGGAGUGCACGGUCAUCGUGGCGCUGCUGCAGAAGAAUCGUCGAGUCUUCCAGGUUCACGACGACAUGUGGCUCGACAUCGGCUUCGUUCUCUACGAGAUCGAAGACCCUGACAACUGCCCAGCCCCGUUGACCAUCGAGUACAUGGCGGAUUACCGACAAGUGGGCCAAAGCAAACACUUGAGCCCUUCCCGCGAGAACACUACCCGGUUCCGGCUGCUUCCGGGCACCUUCUGCAUAAUUCCCCUAACGGCGGAAGCCGACAAGGCGGGAGACUUCCUUCUGAGGAUAUACACGGAAAAGAAGUGUCAGUGCAGGGAACACGACGAAGCACCAGCCAUAAUUUCAAAGCCGAUCGAGGGCAAAGAGAAAGAUGACGGCAAAGAAAAUCACGAAAAAGCUACUGGAGACGAGGCGACGAACGAGGUCGACGGUGAUGAGAAAGACGGUGAAGAUGGUGGUGAAGACAGUGAAGAGGAGAUCGACGAGAGCCUUAAGGACGCCUUCAACGAGGUGGCCGCUGAAGAUGGGACCGUCUGCUGCAACGCCCUCAAGACGUUGCUCAAGAACUUGUCAGAGCAGAAUGGCGGCCCAUUGGAUUUCUCCUUGGACAUAUGUCGAAGCAUGGUGGCACUCAUUGAUGACGACUACACCGGCACGUUGACACUGGAAGAGUUUGCCUUGCUUUACAAACACAUUCAAACGUGGAAGGAGGCAUUUCAAUCGUACGACAAAGGCUCAACCGGAUACCUCAGCACGUAUGCCUUAAGAAAUGCUCUUCGGUCCGCAGGAUACAGCGUCAAUCAGCACGUGCUGAAGGCCCUCGUUUUACGUUACGGCCAUGACCGCAAGAUCAGCCUGACAGAUUUCAUCGGCUGCGCCGUCAAGCUCAUGUGCAUGAUCGACAUUUACGAAGCCUGGGACCCAGAAAACGAGAACGAGGUGGUUGUCAGUAGGAAUGAGUGGCUCAAGUUCACGAUGUACUGCUGAGGAUCUGAUGCUAUGGUGGCCAACUCGGAAAUGGGUGCCGAGACACCAACUGUCUCUUCACAGCUCCGGAUGACACUAUAUUAACACCGGCAAAUAAAAUAAUUUUACUUUCGA